AUGCCUCUUCCCGACAAAAAUAAGGAUAGCUUCGUCAGUCCGUACCUUUCCAAUACAGAGAAAGAUCAUAAACUCGAUACUCCAAUCUUAAUCGUGGAUAUUGAAUGUCCGCUCCCCGUGGUGGAAUAUCUUGAUUAUUUCCCUCUCACUAUAAAUGUCACUUACUACCAAAGGCAUCCUGGUGAAUCACGGCCUAUUGUUUUCCAUAUCAACAGCUUUCAGACAAUUUGGCUCUAUAUACAACGCGGUGAUUCGUGGGAAGCGGCUGAAGAGCCUACUCCUGGGUUUGCCUUGUUUGAUAACCCUGAUAUACAAGUUGCCGUUGGUAGGAGUGAUGAGUUCGCAAGUCUUUGCCCGGGAGAGACGUGGUCAUGGACAUAUACUGAAGAGGUUCCUGAUAAUGCAGAAGUUGGCGACACACUCCGUUCCCAGUUCGAAGAAACACAACUAGACUGGUGGGACUGGGGUUCUAAGGAGGAUCAUACGUCUACUAUGGUCACCUUACCAUUUGUGCAGGGUCAUGAUGUUCUAGAACCAAAGGACAAUGAUGGUCGGCCACGGAUAGUCAUACCUGCUUCGGAUCCAAUUGAUAGAAAGGUAGUUCCACGUGAUCUCUCAAAGGUUACUUUUGAAACCACAUGCACUUAG